AUGGCGGCGAAACCGAUUGCGAGUCCGAUUCCGGUGUUGAUGUACCCGACCUUGUCAGUUUUCACACUAGCAAUUGGUCUCGUCAUUACCGCUAUCUUCUUCAUCUAUGAAGCUACAUCAUCCAGGAAAAACUGUAGCCUCGGGAAAGAGCUUGCUACUGCAACGGGUUUUGGAUCGUUGUUUUUGCUACUUGCUAGUGGUGUUUAUGUCUGA